ACUCUAAUCAUUCUUAAUAUUUUUCAACAGUGUAAUCCUAUUGAGAUAAUAUUAUAAUAAUAAUGUUUAAGUUUCCUGUCUUAAUUUUGUGCUUUCAGGCUUGUCUGAUUAGGACUGCCUUCAGUCAAUCGUGCGGAUGCAACCAGUACGGUGGCACCGGCACCGGACAGGUGGGCGUGUCCGGCAACAUCGACGCGUGCGGCAACACCUGCGUGGACGGCUCCGUGCCCGUGCUCGGCUCCGUGGACUUCGGCGGCUGCGCGCUUGCCUGCGGCACCGUGAUCAUCUCCGGACAGUGCGGUUGCGACUGCCAGUCUGAGCAGACAUUACCUACUGCAUCCACAUAUAUCCCGUCAGGGAGCAGCAUCGGCACAGUCGCAGCAGUACAGCAGUCUGCUCCUAUUACGCCUAUUAUCAGCCAGAGUUCCAGCGUUAGCAAGACUUCACCCAGUAUCAGCACUACUUGCGUCUACCAAAAUUCCCAUCUCAGCCAGAGCGCACCUAGCCAAAGUUUAAGCGCGCCUAGAGCAAGCAUCAGUCAAAUUACGCCGAGCUUGACUCUAAGUAUCCCUAGCACCAUAAGCAGUGGGAUUGCCAAUGAGCCAAGAGCCAGCUUGAGUAAUCCGAGGGUAAUUGCGCCUAGUAUCAACUUCAACAGUGGAUCCGGAUCGUACGGCGGUGCCGGUACCGGACAGACGGGCGUGUCCGGCGACAUCGACGCGUACGGCGUUACCUGCGUGGAGGGCGCCGUGCCCGUGCGUGGUUCCGUGGAAUUCAGUGGCUGUUCACCGACUAAUGGUAUUGUUACUAUUAAUGGACAGUGCGGAUGUGAGUGUGACUGAUGUUUGAGAAAAUUAAAUAUAAAUAUUAAUUGAAAUA